AUGCUGCCUCUAAGAAGCAACAGACAGGCUCUAAUCAUGAAACUCUCUUGGCUUAUGAUCUGGGCUGGAACACUGUUUUUGAAUCCAGUCACUGCUGACUGCAACAUUACUGCUCAAGCUGUCACUUGUGAGGAGCCUGGAAAAAGCCUCUCUCACCUGCCCAUAAACCUUUUCCAAAAUGUUACUAAAUUAAGCCUCAAAAAUAUUAAAAUAACUUUAAACAAUAGUGACAAAGAGAUUCUUCGAAGUUUUCUUAACCUCACUGAACUUUAUCUGAAUGAAAACAUGAUAGCUGUACUGUAUAAUAACAGCUUCUGCUACCUGACAAAACUCUUAAUUCUGGAUAUCAGUAACAAUCAUAUUAGCACAGUUCAUAAAGCAGCUUUUGAAGGACUAAGUCAACUAUCAGUGUUGAAUCUGUCCUAUAACAUGAUUUCUCAGCUAGAUUCAAAUGUGUUUACUUCUCUAAAAAGUCUGACAGUUUUAAAUCUACAGUACAAUGUUCUGGAAUAUUUUAAUAUAAACCCAUCUUUUAAAUUGAUUAAAAUUGUUUUAGUUGGAAAUCCUUGGACCUGCUCCUGUGACCUCCUCGAUUUACAGAUAUGGCUAACUGCCUCCAGUGUGAUACUGGAAAAUGAAAACACCACCACAUGUGUUUUCCCAGCCACCAUGGAAAAAUUGUCCAUCAAGACCGCACCUAUCCAAAGCGACUGCAAAAUUGAAAAAGCUUCUUUAGGAAACCCUGUAACUUCUACUUCUGCCAUUAGGGCUAAACGUAGUGCCUUACUAACAGCUCUGACUCCAAAUAACAUCACUGGAAACAACGGAACGCAUGCAGAUUUACCACCUGGCAAAAGUUGGACCUUCCUAGCAGGAGUUCUAGGAUUUGUCCUUGGCACUACACUCCUGAUUUUUACUGCUAUAAAAUGCCCGACAUGGUAUCACUAUUUGAUCAGCUACAGCCACCGUCGUCUGGAAGAAAUUGACCCUGAAAUGUUUGAGCAGGAGUUUUCAGCUGACAUGACUUCUCCUACAGUAUCAACUACAAACAAUGAAGGUACCAUAGUAAUCUUCGAGAAAAAUCAUGAAUUUGCACCUGUGGAAGAUGGAUUUAUUGAGGAUAAAUACAUAGAUUCUUAUGUAACUGAGGAGAGUUGA